GGAGUUAAGGCCACCAAGAGCAGAUCCUCCUCCACAGAAGCCUGUUCGACAGAUCCUCAGACCAGAAAUGUAUGCAACAAGAAAAGUCAGAGAGGAACAGCAACCGAGAGCAGAACCCAAGAUGUUCCCCAGGGAGCCCAGCUUCCCCAGAACAACAGCCUUACGCAAAGCCCCGUCCAUCCAAAACGUGACCAAGAUUGAAAAGCCGUGGGAAAAUGUCACCCUCAACCGCUGUCUGUUUGUGGCCAUCACCAUCCUGGUGCUCACCUCAGGCGUUCAGAGGCUUCAUGAAACCCUGCGUGGUCAGGGGGCAGCGGAGGAGGAAGAAGUUGAACUGACAGUGAGACGGACAGGCACAUUACGACAGAGGAGACAACCACCAGAGCCAGAGACCACUCUUUGGGAGGUCAUGUUUUGGUGGCUGCCAGACCUCGAUGAUGAAGAGGAGGAUGGCGAUGAUGAUGAGGAUGAAGAUGAUGAACAAGUCCAAAUUGAAGAGUCAAAGAGAGGAGCGGCUGCACGAGCACCGAGAGGUCUCAGAAAUAAGCCACUGCCGGACAAAAAUCUCAUGAAACAACGAGAGGGGAAAUUUAAGGAAAGGAAAGGCAAAAAAGACAAGGCUGAAGAAAUCAGAGACAAGAAAGAAAAAGACAAAAAGGAGGAACUCGAAAGAGCAGCAGAUGAGGAUGGAGAAGAAGAAGAGGCACAGCCCGAGAAGAAUAAAAAGCUGGAGGGAAAGAAAAAGAAGAAAAAGACUCAGAAGAGAUGAGUGGAUUCUUUCUACCGUGGCAGAUGGCACAAGUUGUUUCUUAUCCAUUUCCACCAGAAUUGAUUUGAUAGUAUUUAUGAGGGUGGUACUGUUGAAUUCAAUAAUAGAUAGCCUCCGUCAAAACUUUUAAUUACCACCAGACUUGAAAUGUUGUUGCCUUGCAUAGCAUAUGUGAUUCUGUGUAAUGAAACACUGAGUUACCUGUGAACAGUUGCAUUUCAUUUAAUCUUCUUGCGGUUUUAUCUUAAAAAUCCAUGUGAUUGUUUGAUUGCUUUUACUUUUGAAAGAUCUACAUCUUUAAUGAACUGCAGUUUAUCAAUAUGACGUUGCAAGAAGGUAUUGAACGUGGCAAACUAAAGAUUGAGGUUGUGGAUUAUGACCCCCCAGUAAAGUAAAGCUUUUAUCCAGAUUGGAAACCUCCAUCUAGAUAUUUUAAGAACUGCA